UUUCAGUUCGAUUUCCGUGUUAAAGCGAAAUGUCAGAUUAAAUAUUGUUUUAGUUGGUAGACGGUAUUUUGUUCGUCUAAUCAGCUUUAGUUUUUAUUUGAUUUAUUACAAAACUAGAAAUGUACGUUAGUGUUUUUUACUUGAGAAAUUUAUUAAGUGAAGUGCUUUUGCCAAUGUUUUCGUAUAUAUCCUCUCAUCGAGUCGAAGAAAUCUUGUAACUUCUUGGAAUCACUUCGUCUACAAUUUUAAUUUUGUGAUAUAUGUAUGUAUGUACAUAUGUGUAUGUGAAUAAUUUUCGUUGCAAAUAGUGAGUACUUAAAAAUCCGCAGAGUGCUUCAUAUUCUUCUUUUUGCUAUUAAUGCCCUUCGCUCUUGCGCUCUCACUGACUUAAAAUAAAUUUGGUAGCUGUCUUCAUGUAUGUGUGUACAUAGUACAAAAUUGUGCACGUUACGAGGGGAGCAUAAAAAAUAUUACAAUUGUCUCUGCUCACACUGCCUUUUAGAAGGAAAUAGCUUUUAAAGGAAUAUAAAAAUCAACACUUUGCUCAAAUUUGAAAUAUUUCGACAAAGAAAACACAAUCCAUCACAUGAAUCCAUCCAUUCAGCGAUCAACAACAACGUCCAUCAUAAUUAACGUUGAUCAACGCAAAGGAGGUACAUUAAAAAUCGCAAAAGAGAGAUACAAACAAAUCGAAUAUACCUCCUGUCAAUGAAAUUAUAAGCCAGCCUAGUAAAUAGCGACUGACCACUUGUUUUGCAGACAACACUUGCAUACAUACAUACAUAAUUGUAGGAAAUACUUAAGACGUAGUCAUAGAUUUAAUUUUUUAGAGAAAAGCAAAAGAAAAUUAACUUUACAUUGCCAUGGACAAUUGCAAUGCUUGAACGUUUUCGUUUGAGUAAUUUGAGUGCAAAUUGUCGUUUACGAAGUGAAGAACUGGCGCGCGAUAAGAAACAACAACGUCAACAAUGUGUCACUGUCCUGCUCUUAGAUGACACAACCCACACCUUUCGGAUAGAGAAACGUGCUAAAGGAUCUGAAUUACUAGAUCAUGUUUUUCAAUUCUUGGAGCUAUCCGAAAGGGACUAUUUUGGUUUGCUGUUUCCCCAAAAGCCCGGCGAUGUUGUUCGAUGGGUGGAUGCGCAUAAGCAAUUUAAAAAGCAAUGCAGUAACCUCGCUCUAGAAAAUGACGCUACUCAAACGUUGGAAUUUAGAGUUAAGUUUUAUGUAAGUGAUCCCAGUCGUUUGCAAGAGGAAUAUACUCGAUAUCAGUUUUACCUGCAAAUAAAACGAAAUAUUAUACUGGGAAGAUUGCCAUGCUCCAUCAACACGCAAUGUUUACUUGCCAGCUAUACUGUGCAAUCCGAGUUGGGCGAUUUCAACCCAUCAGAACAUCAGCCAGGAUAUUUGAAUGGGAUGCAACUGUUGCUGGAACAAACACCAGAUGCCGAGCGAAAAAUAUCCGAGUUGCAUAAAUUGCAUCGCGGUCAGUUGCCGGCAGAUGCAGAGUAUAAUUAUUUGGAACAUGCGAAACGACUUGAUUUAUAUGGCAUUGAUUUACACAAAGCUACGGACUCUAAUGGUAAAGAACUUCAGCUGGGAGUAUCAGCGAUUGGCUUAUUAGUUUUCCAAAACGGGUUACGUAUAAAUACUUUUUCCUGGUCGAAAAUGGUGAAAGUUUCAUUCAAACGCAAAGACUUCUUCAUCCAGCUACGCAGAGAACCGUCAGAAAGUUAUGAUACCUUGCUUGGCUUCAGCAUGAGUUCGCAUAAGCACGCGAAAGCUUUAUGGAAAUCCUGUGUGGAACACCAUUCCUUCUUCCGUCUAAAACGACCACAUCGGCUUCCACGUUUUUUAAACAUCAGCCUGGGUUCGAAUACUUUUAUAUUUCACCAAAAAAGAUUCUAUUAUUCCGGGCGCACAGAGUUGCAGGCUGUGCAGGAGUCAAAGCAACGCGGUACGGUGCACAAGGCAUUUGUCCGUUCGCCGAGCAAACGACUCAUAACCGCUGGCUCCACAGUUGCCACAUCUCCGCUAACGCUGGCACUGGUCAACGGUACCAGCGGUUCGGAUAGCAACGGCAGCUUCUCACAUAAUGGUAAAGUCACGUCUUCCGCUUUGGUAACUCAUACGUCCAUUUUGACCAUUACUAAAACGAGCCGUCCACACGACAAUAAAGUGACUUCGAAGCAGACUGAGACAAUGCCGCGUAAGGCCUGGGAACAGCAGAGCGACGAAUACGAUAUACAGCUUGGCACUGGAAUUCUAGCUAGACGUUUCGAUUCCCCAAUACCGCCAGCCUAUAGCUCGGACGCUCACAGUCCGAUGAUAACCUCAAAUAAUGCUGCCACACGUCUCGGCCCAGCUAUCACAACUCUUAUAAAUGGCAACACGUCAACAGCAUUGGAAAGUGGCAGUGAUUUGGUGACUAUACGUCUGCAAUCCGAUGAACAGGGCCGUUUCGGUUUCAAUGUUAAGGGUGGCGUAGAUCUCGGACUACCUGUUCAGGUAUCCAAGGUGGUACCAAACACGCCGGCAGAUCGUUGCACGCCACGCGUGUGUGAAGGCGACGAAGUGGUUAUGAUCAAUGGUUGCGAUGUUGUGGGAUUACAACAUGACCACGUUGUGACGAUGAUACGAGACAGUCGCAGCCAACAGAAUGGUGAGCUUUUGCUCACUGUACGCCCAAAGGCGACGCGUACUAUAAUGUCGGAGGAGGAGCCACUAUAUCAGUACGUACCGGAAAAUGAUGAAAUUGGAUCUCACUCAAAUCUACUGGAUGGUGAUGCAUUAUUUACGCAAAGUUUAUUGUUGUUGAGCGAUGGUUUGGCAUCUGGUGCGCUUUUGGCACAGUACGAGUUGAUGUAUCGCAAAAAUGCAGAACUAGCGAUUACAGAGGCGCGUAAACCAGAGAAUAUCACCAAGAAUCGGUAUCGUGACAUAUCACCAUAUGACUGCACACGCGUUUCGCUAGUGAAUUCCAUUACCGGCGAUUAUAUCAAUGCAAACUACGUAAAUAUGGAAAUACCUGGGGGAGUGGUAAACCGUUACAUCGCCACGCAAGGACCCCUGGCAAACACCACAACAGAUUUUUGGCGCAUGGUGCAGCAAGAGAGUAGCCAUUUGAUUGUAAUGCUGACCACAGUUAUGGAGGCUGGACGACAAAAGUGUCACCAAUAUUGGCCAGUUACGGGCGAUGAAUUGCACUUAGGAGAUGGUUUCUCAGUGAAAUGCCUUAGUGAGCAACCGGAUGAGACGGGUAGCUUCGUGUUUCGUGAAUUUGUUUUGUGUGACAAACGUACUGGCGAACAACGACACAUUCAGCAUAUGCAGUACCUUGCUUGGCCCGAUCACUGUGUGCCAUCUGAUCCGAAUCUCUUCAUCGAAUUCACGGAGCGUGUGCGAGUUGCACGUAAUAAAACUUUGCUGCAAGAAAUCGAAGAAAGUCUAAAGCAAGUGCGAAUGUUGGACGCCGAUGCCGAUGAAAAUGGUGGGUUGAUGAGUGAACGCAAAUGUGCUGCCAGCAAUGGAGUUACGCCGGAGGAUGAGAAUCCAGUUGCGACAAGUGUGCAUCAAUGCAUCAGUGCGGCAAAUCCACCCGUCAUAGUGCAUUGUUCAGCCGGUAUUGGACGUACAGGUGUUCUGAUAUUAAUGGACACGGCUUUGGCGCUAAUGGAAAUCAGAGAGCCCGUUUAUCCCCUAGACAUUGUGCGCACAAUGCGCGAUCAGCGUGCCUGCAUGGUGCAGAAUGUGAGCCAAUAUCGUUUUGUGUGUGAAUGCAUUUGUGCUGCGUACAUGAAACUCUCACGCUCAAGUGCCGCCCUCGAUGAUGUUGAUGACGACGAUUAACAAUAAUUAUUGAAAUAGCAUCCAUACAUACAUACGAUACAUUACCUACACACAUUUAUACAUACAUAUACAUAUGUAUUGUUAGAACAUUUUUCUCUAUUUACAUGUGCUGCUUACAAGCAAACAAACAAAAACAAAAAAAAACAUAUUAUAUAUACAUAUGUAAAUAUACUUUACAUAAAUAUACACGCAUACAUAUGUACAUAUAUGUUGUCCAGCCAUUAAAUAUUAUAUGUAAUUUAGAUUUUUUUUUGUCAAUUUGAGUCUGCUAUCCAUGUGCACUCUAUUGUAUAAAUAUUUUUCUUUAUUUAGAGCGAGCUUUAGAGCAUCAAUUAUAUUAAAUAUAUUAGUUCGACAUUUCCUAUUUCGCAUCAUAUACACACACAUAUAUAUUCAGAAAGAAAUAUAAAGGGUUUUCCAAUAAAAGGUGUUAUGAAUGAAUGGAUUGCGCUAACGAGAGAUGAUUAACGAUUUUUUAUGGCCGGAAUUGGACGUUAUCGAUCUGUACAACGUUUAUUUUCAACAAGACGGCGCUACGUGCCACACAAGCAACGAAGCCAUUUAUCUUUUAGGGGAAAAGUUUCCGGACCGUAUUAUCUCUCGAAGAGGUGAUCUCAAUUGGCCACCGAGAUCUUUU